CCCCCGCCCCUGUGGAGAAGGCGCUGUCUCCUCCCCGCCGGCGGGGCCGGGCCUGCCUGCGCGGCCGCCAUCGCCGCCAUGGGGCUCGGGGGCUGGUGGCGGGCGGCGCGGGCCCUGCGGGCGGCGGGCGGCGGCUGGAGCCGGGCGGCAGCUCCCGGCCCCACCUGCCGCAGCCUGUGCGCCGCCCCGGAGCCGAACCUCUCCUACCAGGAGCUCAAGGACUUGAAGAAGGCCAAUGUCCUUCACAUCGACGUGCGGGAGAGGUGGGAGAUCGACAGGUUUGGAAAAAUCCCGGAGUCUGUCAACAUACCGCUGGGUGAAUUAAUGGAAGCUCUACAAAUGGACCCAACAGAAUUCAAGGAGCAGUACAAUCAAAAAAUGCCAUCCAAGUCAGACCCUGUGGUUUUCUCCUGUUUGGCAGGAACGAGAAGUAAACAAGCACUUGCUUUUGCCAUGUCCUUGGGUUUCAGCAGAGUUCAGCAGUAUGCUGGUGGCUUUGACGACUGGGUAAAACAUGAACCUCCAGAAAAGAAAUGAAGAUGACAGCCCCAGCCCUUACCCCUCCAUCAGGGCUUCAGGAUGGUUUGUAGAUUUUAGCAAACCACGUGCAUUUCACUCCUAUAAUGAUUCUCACUCCUGGCUUCUUGUGUAAAUGGACAUUCACCUUCAAAUGGUCAUGCAUAUCAACUGCUUGGUUUAAAUUAUACCCAAAGACUACAACACAAACAGAGGAGAGGAAAUUUGCUCAACCUUUCAACCUUUACUUAGGGUUAUGGUUUUGAUGAAUGCAUGUGAAGAGAACCUAAGUGCAGAUUAUGUUUACUUUUUUGUAUUAUGUAGUUUAUGACUAUUUAAACUAAUGAUGAUAGGACAAAUAAAAUUACUAUUUCUCAAA